UCAGAGUAUAGUAAUUAGUAGUACCAUCGACUCUCUUAGGCAGCUUAAUAUUAAAAUUUAAAUAUUGAACACAAAGAACGAAAAGAAAAUAAAUUUCUAACCAUACGUUACAACGGCAUAAUAUUAAUAUGACGGAGAUUUUGGAUAUUGAUGGGAGCGUUUUAGAAGGAGGUGGCCAAAUUCUGAGAAAUUCCAUUUCAUUGAGUGCAAUUCUUGGCAUACCGGUGAGGGUAAAAAAUAUUCGAGCCGGUAGAAAAAGUCCCGGCUUGGCAGCGCAACAUUUAAAAGGAAUUCAGCUAGUAGCAGAAAUGUGCCAGGCAAAAUUAAGUGGUGCUCAUAUUGGUUCUACUGAUAUUCAAUUUAUCCCAGGGAAGAUCAGAGGUGGUCAAUACCUAGCUGAUAUCCAGACAGCAGGAUCUGUAAGCCUUUUACUCCAAGUGGCCCUACCCUGUGCACUGAUGGCAGAUUCUCCUGUUAUCUUAGAUCUGAAGGGAGGGACCAAUGUAGACAUGGCGCCACAGAUAGAUUACAUGAAUGAAAUAUUUAGAGAAAACCUGAAAAAUUUUGGUGCUAAAUAUUCCUGGAAGCUAAUAAAGAGAGGAUACUUUCCCCGAGGAGGUGGACAUGUACAAGUGACUGUGAACCCAAUUCAGUCCUUAAAUGGUGUUACCUUUCAUGAUCAACUUUAUAGAGGCCCUUUGUUCGUCAAUAUAUGGAGCUUUGUAGCUGGUAAAUUGCCUGUUAAGAUCGCUUAUGAAAUGGCCAAUGGUGCUAAAGACAAAAUAGAUAUGAGUUAUCCAGUGUAUAUUAAUUGUAUAAAAGACCAGCAAUAUGUACGAAAUAACUGCAGCGGUAUUCUUUUAUGGAGUCCUAUCGGAAAUGGUACUGUAAUAGGUAUCGACGCUUUAGGUAAGGGCCCCACUGAUGCCUUCGAAGCUGGACAAAAAAUUGGGACGGAUUUUAUGAAAUUACUUAAUUCAUCUGUCAGCCUUGAUUCACAUGCACAGGACCAAAUGAUAAUAUAUAUGUGCUUGGCGAAUGGGAAAUCAAUGGUUCAUACAGGAGAGAUCACAUUACACACCAAGACAGCAAUACAUAUAGCCGAGACCAUCGCUAAGACAAAAUUCACAAUACGACCUGAUGGUGACGAAAACUUUAUCGAAUGCAACGGAUUGGGAUUUUGCAACAAGAAUAUAUCUAUAAACGAUUAAUUGAUAUUUUCAUAGAUUAUAACGCGAUUUAACGAUGCAAAGUAGAAAUUAUAUUAUAAUUUAAGGCUCUAUUAAAAAUGGGCUACAUACUCAUACAUGUGUGUAUAUCUAUUGCCAAAGGUUCACGCAUAUUAACAUAAGCUUGAUUAUAUAAAAGAUAACUUAUUCUAAUUGAAUAUAUAAUGAAUGUAUAACAGACUGAUUCAAAUAAA